AUGCAAGAAACAAAGUCACAAUUUCAAGCUCAAGAGGAGAAUAUAAAAAUUUUGGAGACCCAAAUAGGGCAAAUCACUACUACUUUAAGAUCAUGGGCGUAUGAGGAACCAAAGUCAAUUGAUAUAAGGCGAAGUCUUUCUGUCACGUCACCUGUAGCUGUAGAGACAACAUCUGACGUGCCAGAAUCUAGGGCAUCAAGAAUUUUUGUUCAAGAAAUACCACCUCCAUUAUUCCCUCAAAGGAUAAGGAAAACUAAGGAAGAUCAGUUAUUUGAGAAGUUUAUGUUCAUGAAGGAAGAAGAACUCAAGGAGGAAGGUGACCUAAGAAGGCCUCCACCAAAACCAACUGGUGCAAUUUGGUUGGAAAAGUAUGAAGCGCUGGAGAUGACCUCUGACAUGACACCUACACAAAAGAUUCCAUUUUUGUCACUUCUAAAGAUUUCGGUAUAUUGUGUUCUGAAGAAUGAAAAUGGGAAGGCCUUUGUGUCCUCCCUAAAAGUAAAUAAAAAGAAGCUGAAAUCAAAGGAUGAUGUUGUCUAG